AUGGACUUGAGUUUUGUGUUUAAAAUUGUGAAUGGUACUUCAAAUUUCUUGAUGUUGAUAUUACCAACAGUCUCAGCUGGCUUGUUAAAAUCAGAAGCUGAGAAGUUACAAGAAAAUAUACAGAACCGCAUACUGAAGGAGAGAGGCCGUGAGCAAGAGUCUGAGCUACAGCAGUUCGCGGAGUACGUGGCGGCGCGACCGAUGCGCUUCAGGUUUCUCAGGUUCGUUGACCUCGACUGGACGAUGGCGCUCCAGCUCCUUGACCUGUGCAUCUACUACCAAAUCAUCAUAACGCAAUUCACGCAUUUAUUUUAA